GUCCUUGGUGCAUGGUGCUGGGGUCGAGGCCAUUUGAUCACCAGUGGGUCCCUCCUCCUUCCUCUGGGGAGGUGUUAGCUGGGCAGAGACUCAUGGCUGCCUGUCCUCUGGCUGGAAAAGCCAAAGCUGGUCCUGCUGCAGCCCCUUCACCUGGACGACAAAAAGAGGCCAGGAGAUGCCGAGAGCCAGUGAGAAGGAGAGCUGGAGAGACAGAGACUGACUCCUGAGGAGAGGUGGCCAGGAGCUGAGAUGGAAGAGGCAAGGCCACAGAUAGCCAAGGUCAGAACCAUGGCCCUCCAUGUGAAGAAAGAAGUUGGGGGCCUUUCUCACGGCUCUCUGUGCACUGACCACAAGGGAGGCGCUUUUGCAAUGUAGAAAAAGAAGAAACCAGAUUGAUAAAGGAAGUGCUGGGUACUCCGGGGGCCCGCGAGUUUGGGGAAGCUCACCCUCCCUUGCUCUUCCGAAGGAACCUGAUCCACGCUUUCCACGUUCCUCUGGACUCCCCGAGGAGGCACCUCUGUAGGGCCUGCCCUCUGGCCUUGACAGAGCUGCUUGGCUUCUCCUCUCCUGGGAGGAGAGUGAGACCAUGGGUCCGUCCCUGCUGCUGUCCCUGCUGCUGCUGCCGGCAUCUCUGCAGGCUGGCAGCUCAAAAGCAUGCAAUCCAAACACUGACUUUGGGAUCAACCAACCAGCGUCUCUCUCAGCCCCCGAGGGUGGUUCCACCUGCAUCUCUUUCUCCUACUUCCACUGCUGGGAGUUAGCCAAGGAUCCCAGACUGAGUAUAGCCGUCAGACGGAGAGACUUCCAUGGAGAGGUCAUCUACAACAGCACUCAGCGUUUUAUCCAUGAGGAUUACAAGAACCGGAUCUCCCUGGACUUGAGAGAGGGUCAGAACUCUGGCACCCUGCGUAUAUGGAACCUGCGGAAAGAAGAUGAGAAUAGGUACUUUUGCCGGGUCCAAGUGGAAACGCUAAGAGACGGCAAACAGGUGUGGCAGUCCAUCCCAGGGACCAAACUCACCAUUACCGACGGUGAGUCCAGCUGCCCGGCAGCCACCACACCCACCCUGCAGGGUGCCCUCAUCCCCCAGGCCUGGCCCAGGCCCCAAUCUUCCUGCUCACCCCUUCUCUCAAACUCCUCUCCCCACCCCUCUCCCCUCCCCAGGCCUCUGCCAACUUUACUCUUUCUCCUGGAUCUCCCCAAACCUGGGCUGCCUUCCUUGCCCAUCCCCCUCACUGCCCCCUCCGGAGCCAGUCCCCACCCCGCUCCCCCAGCCUCAGCACCUUCCAGGCUGCCCAGGAAUCCUCCCUUCUUGCUUCAAGCUGGGCCUCCAGUCUUGCCUCCCUCCCCUCACCCCACGCUGUCCAGGUGGACUUGACUUCUUCAGGGCGUGGUCUGCCUUCCCUUUGUCCUGUGUCCCUGUGAGUAGCCCCUGCCAGCCCCCAGUCUUGUGUCUCCCGACAGUCGCGGGCUCAACCCAGCACACACAGCAGGUACCCAAUCAUGACCCAAGACCCCUGUCCCCUGGCCACGCCCCAUUACCUCUUUUCCCAGUCCCCCCUGCGUCCUUCUCCUGCUCUGCUCCUCGGAACCUGGCCCACGACGCUCCC